GGAUACAAGCAUGUGUCCAGGAACAGAUAAGGCGGUCUCACUCCGGAAAGCGCUUCCACAGUGACAAACCAUGGGCUCUCAACUUCUUCCUCAGGCGCUGCUUAUGGUUCCCAGAAACCCAACGCAAUCUCCUUGUCAUGUGAACAAGUUGGGGUUUUUUCUCUCUCGUGCUUCAUCGCCAUUGAUCACUGCCCAUGUUUCAGUUUCUGGGCUUCGUUUAAACAACCCUGUUGGGUCAAUUUUCAGUGCCUUUUCUAGAAGGGAUUUUGUUGUGAGGGCAGAGUCGACUCCUGAAGGUGAAGUUGAAGCAGAUGAAGCUAGUUCUGAGGAAGCAGAGGUAAAGGCAGAGGCAGGGGAGGAAGCAGAAGCGGAGGAAGGUUUGGAAGGGAAGGUUGAGGAGGUUGAGGAGGACGAGAAUGCUAAGGAGCCACGAAAGCCCCGCAUUAAACUUGGGGAGAUAAUGGGGAUAUUGAAUACACGAGCAAUUGAAGCGUCGCAAACUGAAAGGCCAAUUCCUGAUCUCAGGACUGGUGAUAUUGUGGAGAUUAAAUUUGCAGUUCCUCAAAAUCGGCGUAGAUUGGCUACCUACAAAGGUAUUGUUAUGUCAAAGCAGAACGCUGGUGUCCACACUACCAUUCGAAUUCGGAGAAUUAUUGCUGGCAUUGGUGUUGAGAUUGUAUUCCCUGUUUACUCACCAAACAUCAAGGAAAUUAAAGUGGUCAGCCACCGGAAAGUUAGGAAGGCAAGGUUGUAUUAUCUGAGAGAGAAGCUCCCCAGGCUCUCCACUUUCAAGUGAAAGGCACCACUGCCUUUGUUCUCUUGUUCUUUCAUCUUCCAAACAAGUCCUUGAUUGCCCAAAUAUUUUUGUAUAAAUUUUGUUGUAUUCAUAGAUCUUCAUAUUUCCAUUUCACAAAAUGAAAUCCAAUUAUCACUCCCCUUUUGCACUUACUCUUCAUUUCAGGUUGUUAAUGCAAAUUUUCCAUCUUUGAAUGUAACUUCCUUUGUUUCAUCUCUUGUUUAUCCUUUUUAAAAAAAUUUUUUUCUUGGAUGCAUGGCACUUUAGGGGGAGGGGGAGUGGGAUUCAAACCCAGUUCUAUGAGCGGGGAAGUGAUGCACUUAUCAACUUGGCUGGACGCCCAAGUCCAUUCUCUUCGUUAUCUUGUAAAACUGAAUGAUGCGUUCUGAAAAUGAGGGAUUGAAGGUGUCUUUAUUUAUCCAAUCAAGAUUCAAGUGCUUCCCCCUUGAAUCAUUGCUGUUUAGGCAUAAAAUAAUUUCUUGUAC